AUGUCUGAGUUCGGCCGGCAGCGGGUCGGACGAGAUCAUGGAGCAGAAGAAGAAGAGCCAGGCCAUAGACAGAGUCCUCGAGGAAGACAUGAAGCGCCUCAAAAAGGAGUGCAAGAUCCUCCUCUUAGGUAUUAUCUUUUUCUUCUUCUUAUUGUUCAACUCAUGAUUGCCGUACUAAGAGGUGCAGGCUCCGGCGAGAGCGGCAAGUCGACCAUCGUCAAGCAGAUGAAGAUUAUCCACCAGAACGGUUACUCCGUCGAAGAGCUGUCCAUGUACCGCCUCACCGUCUACAAGAACCUGCUCGACUGCGCCAAAUCGCUCGUCUGGGCCAUGCACCAGUUCGAGAUCCAGCCCUCCAGCGCCAAAGUCCGCGACUUCAUGGACUACCUGCUCGACUACAACAUCGACCCGGACCCAAACGUCGCCCUCGAGCUCAAGGUCGGAGACGCCAUCACAUACCUCUGGAACGACCCCAGCAUACCCGCCGUCCUCGAGCGCCAGAACGAGUUCUACCUCAUGGACUCCGCCCCGUAUUAUAUGCUAAUAGCAGAUAGCUUCUUCGAGGAAGCAAAGCGGAUAACGAUGCCAGACUACAUCCCCAACGAGGCUGACGUCCUGCGCGCCCGAACAAAGACCACCGGCAUCUAUGAGACCAGGUUCACCAUGGGCCAGCUCUCCAUCCAGUAC